AUGAAGAUGAGCAACUACAUUCAGAAUUCUAUUAGAUUUAUUCACAGCUGCAUCGCUAUUACUUGUCGAAAGCAAGAUGGAGGACAGGCUGGCAUCCAUGAAUGCCUCUGGUAUGCGGGACCCGUGCCAGCUCUCACCCAAGCCUGCCAGAUCCCCUGCCAAGAUGACUGUCAGUUUACCAGCUGGUCCAAGUUUUCCUCAUGCAAUGGAGACUGUGGUGCAGUUAGGACCAGAAAGCGUGCUAUUGUUGGAAAAAGUAAAAAGAAGGAAAAAUGUAAAAAUUCUCAUUUGUACCCCCUGAUUGAGACUCAGUAUUGCCCUUGUGACAAGUAUAAUGCACAGCCUGUGGGGAACUGGUCAGACUGCAUUUUACCAGAGGGGAAAGUGGAAGUGUUGCUGGGAAUGAAAGCACAAGGAGAUAUCAAGGAAUGUGGUCAAGGAUAUCGUUACCAAGCAAUGGCAUGCUACGACCAAAAUGGCAGGCUUGUGGAAACGUCCAGAUGUAACAGUCAUGGUUACAUCGAAGAGGCUUGCAUCAUCCCUUGUCCCUCUGACUGCAAGCUUAGUGAGUGGUCCAACUGGUCACGGUGCAGCAAGUCCUGUGGGAGCGGUGUGAAGGUUCGGUCUAAAUGGUUGCGUGAAAAACCAUAUAAUGGAGGGAGGCCUUGCCCUAAAUUGGACCAUGUCAACCAGGCACAGGUGUAUGAGGUCGUUCCUUGCCACAGUCAGUGCAACCAGUACGUAUGGGUCACAGAGCCAUGGAGCAUCUGCAAAGUGACCUUUGUCAACAUGCGAGAUAACUGUGGAGAGGGUGUGCAAACCCGAAAAGUGAGAUGCAUGCAGAAUACAGCGGAUGGCCCUUCUGACCAUGUAGAAGAUUACCUCUGUGAUCCAGAAGAGAUGCCCCUGGGCUCCAGAGAGUGCAAAUUACCGUGUCCUGAGGAUUGUGUGAUAUCUGAAUGGGGUCCUUGGACCCGAUGCACUUUGCCUUGCAAUCAAAGCAGUUUCCGGCAAAGGUCAGCUGAUCCCAUCAGACAACCUGCUGAUGAAGGAAGAGCCUGCCCUAAUGCCGUUGAAAAGGAACCUUGUAACCUAAACAAAAACUGCUUCCACUAUGAUUAUAAUGUAACAGACUGGAGCACGUGUCAGCUCAGUGAGAAGGCAGUUUGUGGAAAUGGCAUUAAAACAAGGAUGUUGGAUUGUGUUCGAAGUGAUGGCAAGUCGGUUGACCUGAAAUAUUGUGAAGAGCUUGGCCUGGAGAAGAACUGGCAGAUGAACACAUCCUGCAUGGUGGAAUGUCCUAUCAACUGUCAGCUUUCUGACUGGUCUCCUUGGUCAGAAUGCUCUCAAACAUGUGGCCUCACAGGAAAAAUGAUCCGAAGACGAACAGUGACUCAGCCCUUUCAGGGUGAUGGACGACCAUGCCCUGCCCUGAUGGAACAGUCUAAGCCUUGCCCAGUGAAGCCCUGUUAUCAAUGGCAAUAUGGCCAGUGGUCUCUAUGCCAAGUACAGGAUGCCCAGUGUGGUGAAGGGACCAGAACGAGGAACAUUUCUUGUGUAGUGAGUGAUGGGUCAGGUGAUGAUUUCGGCAAAGUGGUGGAUGAAGAAUUCUGUACUGACAUUGAACCCGUUAUAGAGGGUAAUAAAAAAAUGGUUCUCGAGGAGACCUGCACCCAGCCUUGCCCAGGUGACUGUUAUCUGAAGGACUGGUCUUCGUGGAGCCUGUGUCAGAUAACCUGCGUGAAUGGUGAGGACCUAGGCUUUGGUGGAAUACAGGUCCGUUCCAGAGCUGUGAUCAUACAAGAACUGGAAAAUCAACAUCUAUGCCCAGAGCAAAUGUUAGAAACAAAAUCAUGUGAUGAUGGACAGUGUUAUGAAUACAAAUGGAUGGCCAGUGCUUGGAAAGGUUCUUCCCGAACAGUCUGGUGUCAAAGGUCAGAUGGUAUAAACGUAACAGGGGGCUGCUUGGUGGUGCGCCAGCCUGAUGCUGACAGGUCUUGUAACCCACCGUGUAGUCAACCCCACUCUUACUGUAGUGAGAUGAGGACAUGCAGUUGUGAAGAAGGAUACACUGAAGUCAUGUCUUCUAAUGGUACACUUGAGCAAUGCACACUUAUCCCCGUGGUGGUGAUACCCACUGUGGAGGACAAAAGAGGAGAUGUGAAAACGAGUCGCGCAGUACAUCCAACCCCAUCCUCCAAUAACCCAACAGGACGGGGAAGGACCUGGUUUCUACAGCCAUUUGGGCCAGAUGGGAGACUAAAGACCUGGGUUUACGGUGUAGCAGCUGGGGCAUUUGUGUUACUCAUCUUUAUUGUCUCCAUGAUUUAUCUAGCUUGCAAAAAGCCAAAGAAACCCCAAAGAAGGCAAAACAACCGACUGAAACCUUUAACCUUAGCCUAUGAUGGAGACGCAGACAUGUAAAAUAUAACUUACCCUGGCAACAACCAGUUUCAGAUUUCUGACUUUGCAGUAGACAUCCAGAAGCCACAAAGCUCUUCAUACUGUGUGAAUUAAAAUGCAAUGUAACUUUUUAAAAGAGCAUCAAAGAAAGGAGUGAAAAUCACAGUGCCAUUGGAGAUAUUAAGACAGUACCACUUACAAAAAAACAAAAACAAACAAAAAAAAAAAACA